AUGCCACAGUCCUCUUCAAGAAUUAAGAGGUGCCAUGCUGAAGAGGUGCAGUGUGAUGGAAGAAGCUUCCACAUAUGUUGUUUCCUGUGCAUGGUUUGCAGGAAAAAUUUAGACAGCACAACUAUGGCAAUUCAUGAUGAUGAGGUCUACUGCAAAUCCUGCUAUGGAAAGAAAUAUGGACCCAAAGGGUAUGGCUUUGGCCAAGGAACAGGCACACUUAACAUGGACAGAGGAGAAAGGCUGGGCAUCAAGUCUGAGAAUGUGCAGCCUCUCAGGCCCACAACAAAUCCAAAUACUUCCAAAUUUGCCCAGAAAUUUGGAGGAGCUGAGAAGUGUUCCAGAUGUGGUGAUUCGGUGUAUGCCGCAGAGAAAGUAAUGGGAGCAGGAAAGCCUUGGCACAAAAAUUGUUUCUGGUAUGCCAAGUGUGGAAAGAGCCUGGAGUCAACAACUCUGACAGAGAAAAAAGGAGAAAUCUAUUGCAAAGGUUGCUAUGCAAAGAACUUUGAACCAAAGGGUUUUGGUUUUGGCCAGGGAGCGGGAGCACUCAUCCAUGCACAGUAAAG